AGUCCCAACAGUCGAACUUGCAGCUAGCUGCACAAGGCCACAACCCACAUGGUGACCGGGUCUAAACCAGCAAACCAUCAUUGAAUAGCGAGCUUGAGGAGCCAUGAAAGUCUCCACAUAUUCCCCUUUCGGAGAACCCCGGCAGCUGUGGACGCUGAUGUUGGGGCCUUGGGGGAAACAUACUACCCCAACUGGAUGUCGGAGGUUUCAUGUCUACCGAGCCCCCGACGGAGUAAACUCGAGAGACAUUGAGCAUGCAUAUCGCUUACUGUGGGACAGAGCUGUUAGUUCUGCGGUCCCAUCUUGGACUCUUAUUUUUUUCUUCUUCCUACUGUGUGCUCUCAUUCGAGUUCUCUCUCGAUCCUGAAGACUUCUUGUCGCAAUGUUCAUCAAAUACUGGCCUUCUGGCGUGCCUGCCUCUCCAUAUGGCAGGUGGAUGAAAAUGAUUGGGAGGGCUUUCCUUGUCUAUGCUAAUGUGUGCAAACAGAUGGCCACUUCCA